CCCUUUUUGCUCUUCCUGCUACAUCUGCGCCUCUGAUGCACUCCUCUGCAGAAAAAGUUAUGGACUUGCAGGAGCAGCCAGGUAGCACUAAAUCGCUUGGUCAAGAGGAUUUUACUGCAGUCCCGCUUGAUACUGCUCCUUCUCUUCCCUCCUUCUCUCCUAUCUCAGCUGAGCCCUUUAAAGAGCACGCAGCCUUUGAUACACUCUCAGAUGGAUUACCUGCAAGAGGCGUUUACAAAGAAAAUGCAACUGAGGUUUAUAAAGAAAGUAAGGAAAAUGCAAGAAAUCCAUUUCUUGCAGAGGGAAAUGAAAAAGACGUUUCAGAGAUUAAAUACUCAGAACCCCCAUUUGCUAAAGCAGAAGCAGCCAUUUUCUCUCAAGCUAAAGAAGAAACACAGCUAGAGGGCCCUAAAGAAUUACCUAAUCUGGAGAAAAUGCCUGCACAGCAGCUGAAAAUGUCUCCAGAAACUCCUCAAGAUUUGUUUGAGAAAAACGAGGGAGAUCUCUUUUACAACAAAGACAAAUACAGAGGUGGUGAUUAUGGUGAAAAAGAGGCGCUGAAAGAAGACUCUCUUAGGAGGGAAGAGUAUGCGGACUUCAAACCGUUUGAGCCAUGGGAGGUAAAAGGUGCAAGUCAUGGACUGAGCAGCGUGAGAGAGGAUGUUGGAAGUAAGAUAGAUGCCAAACUAGAAAGCAGUUUAGAUGACGAGUACGGUGUAGAUAAGUUGAAUGUGCAGAAGGAUUACGAAAGAGAGAGUGAAGGCAGCGCUGAAGAUCUCUCUUACCCAAGUACCCCAGAAGCUGUAAAAGAACCUUCGCAGGCUUACAUCACUUGUUCUAAAUUUGAAUCCUCUGUAAGCCCUGAUGGUAACAAAGUCAAAUCUCCUUCUCCGCUAGAGGAAGGCACUUCAGAAAAUAGAACCGAUGACGAGAAAAAAAUUGCAGAAAUGAAAGCUCAGACAAGCACAGAACAAGGUGAUUUUAGCACUCAAGCAGUUGGCAAGCAGGAGGGCCAGGAAGCUGACUAUGCUAAAACAGAGAGCAUAUCAACAGUGCCAUCUGACACUGCAGCAAAUAUGCCUGAAGGUCUUACUCCUGAUCUAGUCCAAGAAGCCUAUGAAAGUGAAAUGCAUGAUGCGGCAUGUACGAAACUUGCUUAUGAAACAAAGAUUGAUUUAGUUCAAACCUCUGAGUCAGUACAAGAGGCUCUGAAACCCGUGGCACAGCUCUGUCCCUCAUUUGAAGGGUCGGAAGCUGCUCCAUCACCAAUACUGCCAGAUAUUGUUAUGGAAGCCCCACUGAGCACUGGGACUGCUGGUGCAGAAGCGUCUGCUGUGCAGCUCGAAGCUUCCCCAUUAGAAACAUUUAUUCCUACUGCUAAUUAUGAGAAUGUAAAAGAGGAGGCUGAAAAACCUUCCUCAUUCCAAGAGGCAGUGAAUGUACCGCUGACACAGGCCCCAGAAGCAAAAGAAGUGUUAGCAUUUAAAAAACCUGAUCGUGAGAGUAGCCCCAGUCCUGAAGAUGUAGAGACUCCAUAUAUAUCUAUUGCAUGUGACUUAAUUAAGGAAACAAAGGUCUCUGGUGAAUCUGCUUCUCCAUCCUUUACAGAUUAUUCGAAGACACCCAUAACAGAAUGUGUUUCUCAGGAUGUGCCUGAACACAAGGAACUUGUUGAAAAACUGUCUCCGCAGUUCGGAAAAUCCGACUUGUUUAACAGCCAGGUGAUACCUGACUUUACUGAGAAAGUGAGUGAAGAUCCAUCUCUCCUCUUAAAAAGUAAAUCCACUGAGAACAUUGUAACUGAUGAUGAACAUGACCAACAACUGGUGGAUUCAGUAGCUGCAAUGGGCAAGCCUUAUCUGGAGUCUUUCCAACCCGAACUGGACUCUUCCAGAAUUGUUGCCACUCUGCCGUCUGAGCCAACACCUGCAAAAAUAGCCAAGGCAGAGAAGAUUCCUCUUCAGAUGGAAGAGCUGAAUGCUGUAGCUUAUUCAGCUGAUGCAUCUGUUGCUACGGAACCAAAAACAGGAGAGAACAAAGCACUCUCACCCAUGGAGUCUUCCCCAGUCUCAGUGGAAGAAGACUUUGUGAUGUUAGCUCAUCCUAAAACUGCUCCUGAGUUUGUGGCAGAAGCCAGUGACAGAGAAGCAAUGCACAGAGAUGAAAGUGAAGAAAUGAGUAAGGUGAUCCAAGGUGAGAAGAGGCAGUUGCCUUGCCCAGAGCUACCCUGUGAUCUGUCUAUAAAGAACGUAGAAGGAAAAGCUGAGGAAGAUACUAAUGCCUUGAAAAAGUCCUUGGAGGCUGUGGACAGAGAAGUGCCUGAAGUAUCCAUGAUGUCCUUACCGGCCACAGAUACCUCACCUUUAUCUGCUGAAAAAGAGAUAGUCAGUGUAAUAAAACCCGAAGCUUUUGAGAAGGAAGCUGAGCGAGAAGCUGCUUCUGCUAAAGGAAAGGAGAAACCUACUGCUGUAUUUUCAGCAAAGCUGAAUAAGUCUUCAGGUAAUCUGUGUAUGCUGUCUUGCAGUUCACUAAUCUGCAUAAUUCUUAAGCUAAACUUAAGCAUGUCAUGACUUAAUCUUUUUAAGUCACUUUCUGUAAACUUCUCU